UGUAAAUUGCUGCGAUAAUUCCCAUAUCUCUAUCUAGGGUUCAAACUUUUUUUAUUUUUAAUUUCUUAUUACUUCUUUGCACGAAACCCAAAAUCCAAAUCUCUCGAAAAUAUGGGUAAUCUGUUUUGUUGUGUACAAGUGGACCAAUCCACAGUUGCAAUUAAGGAGAGAUUUGGCAAGUUCGAUGAGGUACUUGAACCGGGAUGCCAUUGCCUGCCUUGGUUCCUUGGAAGUCAGCUGUCUGGGCAUCUUUCCCUUCGACUGCAGCAGUUGGAUGUCCGCUGCGAGACCAAAACCAAGGACAAUGUAUUUGUCAAUGUUGUAGCAUCUAUUCAGUAUCGUGCACUGGCAGAUAAGGCGAACGAUGCUUUCUAUAAACUCACCAACACAAGGACUCAAAUCCAGGCUUAUGUGUUUGAUGUAAUUAGAGCCAGUGUUCCGAAGCUACUCCUUGAUGAUGCCUUUGAGCAAAAGAAUGAAAUUGCUAAAGCUGUUGAAGAUGAACUCGAAAAGGCUAUGUCUGCAUAUGGCUAUGAGAUUGUGCAAACGCUGAUUGUUGAUAUAGAACCAGAUGAGCACGUUAAGCGUGCUAUGAAUGAAAUCAAUGCUGCUGCAAGGAUGAGGGUGGCGGCUAAUGAAAAGGCGGAGGCUGAAAAAAUUCUACAAAUUAAGCGAGCUGAGGGUGAGGCUGAGUCCAAGUACCUCUCAGGAUUGGGAAUUGCUCGCCAGCGUCAAGCGAUCGUGGAUGGUUUGAGAGAUAGUGUGUUGGGCUUUUCAGUUAAUGUGCCGGGAACUACUGCAAAAGAUGUCAUGGACAUGGUCCUUGUCACUCAGUACUUUGACACCAUGAAGGAAAUCGGUGCAUCCUCAAAAUCCUCCGCUGUGUUCAUCCCCCAUGGACCUGGUGCUGUUCGUGAUGUGGCUAGUCAGAUCCGUGAUGGACUUCUCCAGGGAUCACACACUUCUUGAUUCUCUCUCAAGUUGCUACAGAAAUUCUAUGACAUAGUUCCUUUAUGUUUUAUAUUUCUUGGUGUUUGUUUUGUGGUUUCUUCCUAUGGAUACUUGUCUAUAACUUUUUUAAGUACAUAGCAGACUUGAACAUUUGGUAGAAGUACAAGCUUAUUAUAUAAUUUGCAAACUAUGGGAUUGUUCCUUGGUA